AUGGCAGACUGGGACACCACAAGUUCAGGCACGACAGGCAAAAGGAAAGCAGAGGAGGCAGAAGGGUCUGACAAAAAGCGACACGAGCUCAUACAGAGUGGCGGAAUAAAGCACGAUGACGUCCCGCCAGUCAGCUACAAAUUGCUGCUCGAAGAGACUCUGCCCAAACUACCCACUCUGCCAGAUGCGAAAGCGACUACUCAGAAAGCUGGCGAGCUCAAGCUUCCACACUUCGUAUUCCAAAACGUUUAUGCCGACCAGAUUAUGCGGAUCAUUGAAGCGCUUCCUGACCAUCAAGUGCAAAUAGCCUCAGCCGACUCCUCUGGCCCCACGUCCAUUACCUCAACAGCUUCUGGCAUUGCGGCGAUGCAGAACUGGAUCUUCAAUACCUGCAACGCAAUCUUGAGCCAGUGGCCGAACGACGAGUUCAUCCGACGAUGGCAGAUCCGGAAGAACCCUGACAAGGACUCAGACCAUCCAAGCGGGCAACCAGACAGUUACCUGGAGAUGACCUUCGAUAAAGACGGACGACCAAAUCCAGAGCCCGUACGGCUCAUAGCGCUGGUUGAAGAGCAGUGGGAGACGUUUUCUGCGCAGCAGUCCCCCGAGGUUAUCGAGACUGACAAGCUGGACCUUUGGGAAGCGUUCAGCAAAAAAAGGCUCAGCGAGAAGGGCCGGAGAGCCUUCUUGCAGGCCCUCAACCCCCUCUUCAAUGACGAGCAGCUUCAAUGUGUCUUCCUGUAUACUCCAGCAGCUCUUUGGGUGAUCGAGUCAGGAGAUAGACCUCACAAGAGACUGGCAAUUGUGUCUGAGCCGUUUCCUGCGAGCAGCCAAAACCCGACAAUGAAGCAGGCUGUAUUCGCGAUCAUUUUUCGAGAGCUGAUGUCCGCCAGAACGAGGAUGGAGGGAGCUGAAAAUUGGCUGGAGCCGUUCGUGCGGAAGCCACCGGAAGAGCUCCCUUGGUCGGACAACGACGAGGCGCAGGGGGCUGACGGGAGCGCGAGCGGGUUUGUGACGUUAGCGGCCGUCGAGGGCGACACAGAUGGCGACCAGCUGCUUCGCGAGCUUGAGGAUACGGAUUCACCUCGUUGCGGCAAUUCUGUCGUGCGCCUAGGCAGGCUAAGGGGGACCAAAGUAGCGGCCAAAAUCGUGCGUGGUGAUGCCGAAGAUUGGAUCAAAGAGGAGAUUGAAAACGAGGGCAGGGCUUUCAAGGCUCUCAAGACUCUGCAAGGGUCAGUGAUACCGGAAGUGAUAUUCUUUGGCAAAGUGAACGAGGGGAAGGAUUGGCUGCUCGUCACGAAGUUCGUGGAGGGUGUGAUGCUAGACAAGGUCCAGAUCUCGGAAGAGAUUGCUGCGAAUGCGAGGAGUGCUUCGCAAGCGAUCCUCGACCAGGGCUGCAUUCACGGGGACGUAAUGCCCCGGAAUAUUUUUGUCACGGAAACCGGUGAAUGCGUUUUCAUCGAUCUGGGAAGAACCAAGCGGGUGAAGGAUGGGAGCAAAAUGAAAGACCAGAGUAUGCGUUACCUCAAUGUGUUGCUGAAGAGAGGGUCAGAAGCCCAAGACCGAAAGCAGAUUUUAGAUUUCUAG